GCCACUAAAGCAUAAGUGACCCAAAAUUCCUUUACAAACUAUAUUGCUCGGGGGCGCGGGGCGGGGCGCGGCAAAAUGGCGGCCUCGCGGCGAGGGAGAGCUUCCUCCACGGUGCUCUCAUCACUCCCUCUUCAGAUGCUGCUCUAUCUGAGUGGAACGUACUAUGCCCUCUAUUUCCUAGCUACGCUCCUGCUGGCCGUAUAUAAAAGUCAGGUUUUCACUUAUCCUCACAGUUACCUGGUCCUCGACCUGACUCUGCUCUUUCUGAUGGGGAUGCUGGAAGCAAUUCGGUUAUACUUCGGCACCAAGGGCAACCUGAUGGAAGCCGAGGUACCGCUGGCCGCCAGCCUGGUCCUCACGGUGGGCGGUGCCCUGCUGUCCAUCUACUUCCUGCUCUGGCAGACCCUGGUGCUGUGGGCCGACUCGGCCCUCAGCGCCGUGCUCCUGGCGCUCCACGGCCUGGAGGCCGUCCUGCAGGCGGUGGCCAUCGCCGCCUUCGACAGCUAGGUAGGCGGUGCCCGGCCCGCGGGACAACCCUGGACAGGAGACCCUCCUCAGAGCCAGACUGUGCCCCAGCCGUCACCUCCCCCGCUGACGGUUGGUGAGCGGGAAGGACAUCUUCGUGCUGACCUGCCUCGGUGUUUGUUAGAGGGUCAGAUGGUGUGGAGGGUCUAUGAGGCGGAGGUGGGGUCGGGAGCCA